GUUUAGUCUUUAGCGGAAUUUAUUAUCGCGAGCAUGUCAAGUACACGCGAACCUGUAAUGCCACAAAACUUGAGCUAUCACCGUGAUAUUAAAUAUGUUCUCAAGUUAAAUAAUUGGAUUUUAUGCACGAUCGGUAUUUUACCAUUCACAACCCGCCGCAUCGGACGACAUGUAUUUAAGAUCUUGAUCGCGUUUUAUAAUUUCAUAAUAAGCUUCACGAUAGUGCCUUGCGCUCUGCAUAUUAUCUACGAUCAAAAAGACAUCAUUAUAAGACUUAAACUGUUCGGUUUGUUAGCAUUUUGCCUUACUGCGAUGACGAAGUAUUGUAUUCUCACAAUACGUCUACCUAAAAUAUUGUACUGCAUCGAAUUUGUGAAGAGUGAUUGGUGGCAGGUGACGUUCAGAUCUGAUCGCGAACAGAUGCUGAAGUAUGCUGCCGCCGGUCGCAAGCUAACGAUAAUCGUCACAUCGUUUAUGUACACUUCUUCUGUUCUUUAUUACCAAAUUUUGCCAUUUUUUGUCGAGCACAUAAUCAACAAUGAAACUGUCAGACCGCUCGUGUUUCCGAUUUAUAGUAAAUUUCGCCAAUUCCAAAUUAGUCCAGUGUACGAAAUUGUGUAUGUAGCUCAUUGUAUGUGCGAAUACACUUUAUGCUCAGUGACAGUUGGUACGUGCGGGUUGGCUGCUUUAUUCGUCACUCAUGCAUGCGGCCAAAUUGAAGUAAUUCUAUCGCGAUUGGAAGAUCUUGUAAAUGGAAAAAAUUUCAUGCAAAAUCCAAAUAUUCAUCGACGAAUUGCUGCCAUUGUGAAAAGUCAUGUUCGAGUAGUAAAAUUUGCUGCUGUAGUGGAAGAAGUUUUACAAGAAGUAUGUUUAGUGGAACUUUCUAGUUCUCUAUGCACGAUAUGUUUGCUCGAAUACUAUUGUAUAGUGGAUUGGCAAGAUGACGAUAGGAUUAGUUUAGCGACUUAUUUUCUACUCUUUCUUUCGUUCUGCUUCAACGUAUACAUGUUAUGCUAUAUCGGCGAGCUUCUCAUGGAAAAAAGCAGUCAAAUUGGACAUAUAUGCUACAUGAUUAAUUGGUAUCAAAUAUCGCCAAAAUUUGCUCGUAGCCUUAUAUUGAUAAUCGCUAUGGCCAGCCAUCCUAUUAAAAUCAGUGCUGGUAGAAUAGCAGAUCUGUCAUUAUUGACUUUUGUAAAUAUAUUGAAAACUACACUGGCAUAUCUCAGUUUCCUACGAACGUUAGUAAUGUAA